AUGAUACUCUUCCUCCAGAUGCAGAUCAGUGGUUUUGACAAAGGGGAAAAUGGCACAGACAUCACAGAAUUCAUCUUAUUGGGUUUUGGGAAACUUGAAGAAUUCUGGAUGCUUCUUUUCCUGGUGUUUGUCAUGAUCUAUACUUUGACUAUAACUGGAAAUGUUUUGAUUAUCAUCCUGAUCGUAUCUGAGCAGAAUCUUCAUACUCCUAUGUAUUAUUUCUUAGCAAAUUUGUCCUGCUUGGAAGUUUGCUACAGUUCAACCAUCCUACCCAAGAUGAUUGCAGAUUUCCUAAAGGAUAGCAAAUCAAUUUCUAUCUGGGGUUGUUUCAUGCAAUUGUUUUGUUUUGGUUGCCUUGUUAUUGUUGAAUGUUACCUCCUGUCAGUGAUGUCUUAUGAUAGGUUUGUUGCGAUCUGCAAACCAUUGCAUUAUUCCAUGAUUAUGAAUAAUAGAGUCAUUUUUGUUUGCAUAGCAUCAUCAUGGUUAUGUGCAGCAUCAAUUUUAGUGAUAAUCAUAUGUCUAGUAGCACAACUAUCAUUCUGUGGCCCCAAGGAAAUUGAUCAUUUCUUCUGUGACUUCAGCCCACUGCUCCAACUUUCUUGUACAGACACAAGCCAUGUCAGAAUUUUAGCUCUCAUAUUUGGAUCCAUUGAUAUUCUGCCCCCAUUCAUUCUAACCAUUGCAUCUUAUGUUUGUAUCAUUACUGCUAUUAUGAGAAUUCCAUCCACCACUGGAAGACAAAAAGCAUUUGCCACAUGUUCCUCUCACCUCAUUGUGGUCACCAUUUUCUAUGGAACUCUGAUGAUUGUCUAUAUUUUACCAGACACUGGCACACUCAGAGAUGUUAAAAAGGUUUUCUCUAUCCCCUACACCAUCUUAACUCCCAUGGUCAAUCCUCUUGUUUACACCUUGAGGAAUAAAGAAGUGAAGGAAUCUUUGAAAAAGGCUCUGAGUAAUUUCACUGAGUUCAGUGAAAAGAAAAUAUGUAACAUUGUGGUGAUAGCUGAAUGCAACUCCAAGCUAUAG